AAUGUUGUCGGUGUUCGUUCAUGUUCAGUCGUGAGUGCACAGCCGAGGGGGGACGAGCGCGUCGGUCUCGCCAGCGCUUGCGAAACACCUGGACCAGGCGAGCUGCUCUGGGCGUUCCCCGCAGAUCGAAAACUAUCAUUCAUAAUCAUAGUUUCGUUGUGCUGGUAAUUACACAAGUUGCGCGACAGUUGAGUGAAAGUAGUGGCAGUGAAUUUUCGGGCAGCGGUUUUGAGCAACGUCUUCUGUCAAGGCUGGAAGGCAAAUACGUACGGACCGAUAGAAACAGAAAUACUGCAUAGUUGGAUUUUUGACAAGUAAUCAUGCAGCGGCCACCGCGCAUAAAAGCUGACCCAGAUGGACCACCUAUGAAUAUAAAAAGAGAGGAGGUGGUUUCAAGAAUAACCAUUCCUGCCCAGCAAAGCCAACUAGAUUUGCGCACAAACCAUACUGCUCAAUUUACCAGAUCUUUUUCUGAAGGCUGGAGACAAAUUUUAAAAGAAUGCAAUACCAUCCCAGAGGAGCUGCAGGGAAUGCAACGCAGUGGAAUCUAUGUGGACUGCACUAUUAUUUGUCAUGACAAAAAGGAAAUAAAAUGCCACAAAUUGGUUCUUGCCAGAAUCAGCCCAGUAUUGGAGCAAAAGCUUUAUUCGUCUGAUUGUAUUGAGCUGCGUUUUACACACAAGAUUUGCAACUUUUUUGUGGAUUUUGCGUAUAUUGGAGUUGCAGACAAUACUACUUUUGACGAAGCAAUUGUAUUGUAUAAACUCGGGAAACAGGUGGGCUGUGAGGCACUUAAGAAGAAUUGUCUCAGUAAAUAUGAAAGUUUACUCACCAUAGAGAACGCAUUCAGCAGCUACUGUUAUCUUGAUGCUGACCAAGAUGAUGAUUUUGUCCUUCUGUGCUUAGAGUUCAUCAAAACAAAUGCUGACAGAUUGCUUAAAAAAUAUCCAUUUGUUUACAUUUCAAAUGACGAGAGCGUGAAUCUGCUGUCUAAAAGCCAAGUUCGGCGGAUCCUCAGUGAAGAAAAUAUGAACAUUUCAAGUGAACUGUGCCUUCUGAAAGCUUUGGAGGUUUGGGCUGAGCACUCUGUAGCAGAAGCAGGAAAUCCUAAAAGCCAUGAAACCAUCCGAGCGGAGGUUGAGUCGCUGCUACCAAAAAUACGCAUUCUUAUGCUGAGCAAUCAAGACUUAUCAGAAUUCCUCUCCAACACAAGGAUGUUUGAUCAGGCUGAAAUUGCGGCAAUUGUGUAUGCUCAUAUUCAUAAGGAUACCACUCAACUUCCUCGCUGUGUGAGCAAAAUUCGCUGUCCGCGUGAUCCUAUUCAAAGACCAAUAUUUAGACGAGCAUCCUCUUUGGAAUCAAACAAAGGAAAUGUGCAGGCUGCUCACGUAGUUCAGCAGACUUUACAAUCACCCACCAUAACAGCAGACACCACCUGGCUGUCACCACCAACUGACCUUCGGCAAAGUUCUUCAAGCAGCCGACCUUCUGAUCAUGAGCCUCCUCUCACAAAAAGGCCAAAGUUACACUCUGAGAGUUCAGAGCCCAAGAGUAGACCUUCAGAAAAAAUGGUGAUAAUUCAGGAGGACCCCAAAGCCUUUGAACAGAGUAAAAAAGCUUCUUUGCAAUCCCAGCAUUCAGAUCCAGGUUCAAUGUUGAUGGUGCACCGAGAACUUGCUGAUUGUGCUUUAUACGUCAUAGAUGCAAACAACCCUCAUUUUACCAAGAUAAUACCCUGUCACCGUGCAAUUAUAGCCAGGUUUGGAGGCUUCCUGAAAAGCAAAGUGUCCGGGGCUAAAUAUGGAAUGUACGAACGUGCAUCACCAGAUCUCCCAAGUUUGCCUCUCUAUGAAAUCAUCAGCAUUCCAAUUUCAAUAUUUGAAGUUAUUCUAAACUUCUUGUAUGACGGCAAGUUGAAGUGGACAAAUGAAAAAGAUAUCCUCAAUAUCGUUAGCUUUGCAAGGUUCCUUUCUAUCACUCCUUUGAUGAAGAGAUGCGCCGAAUAUUUAACUCAGAUGAAGCCAAGUCCUUCAAAGAUAUGGGCAGCUCUUAUGCUGAGCCAGGAGUUGAAUGACAAAUAUUUGGAGAAACAAUGCUUUGAGGUUAUAAAAGAAAAGCCUCAGGAAUGUUUCGAUGGACCUCUGGAAGAUAUCAAAAAGUGCCCUGUUGAGCUAAUUGAAAAGAUCAGCGCUUUGAAAACUAUCAAUGUAGAAUCUGAAGUGGAUAUCAUAGUCUUUCUUGAGAAAUGGGCCAUGGCAAAUAUAGAUCCAGCUUCAAAUCAAGCGAUUGUUCAACAAUUAGUCCAAGAAUUGCUUGCACGUUCCAUCAGGAAUGUACGAUUUUUGUCCCUUGACUUGGAACGCUUCAAGGAAAUCUCAAAAACACACCUUCUCAGUGAAAAUGAUCAGAAAGCAGUGUUUGCAGUGCUCAGUGGAAGUUUUGGUGGCAAGCACAAAUGUACUCUUUCACAAAAAAUUAACACUUGCAAAACACCGCGCUUCAAGACCUACCAUUAUGGCAAUAAAAAAUUUACUUCAUUCAUUAUGAGAAAAGAAGACAAAAUGGCAAGACUUGUGGUUGACAAAACUGGAUCUAGAUCUGCAUCCAUCUCUAUUGAAGCAGAAAAAACAUUUGUGCUACAUGGUUUCACUUUGCACGCUCAGUAUUCCUCCGCCUCCAGUUCAUAUUAUAAUGAGGAUAUUAUUGUGACAGUUUGGAGUUUGGAUUAUGCUCAAAAAGAAUACGCAAUGAAGAGAUAUUACUUGCUUAAGUAUGAUCCUGAAGUGAAGUACGGUGGUGAUAUCAAAAUUGUGCUGGCUAGACCAAUGAUAGUGCAACCCAGAGAAAACAGGUGCUGGGUUAUAAAAGUGCAAUUAAAUGUUAAAGGUGCCUAUGAAUUUCCUUGUUUGAAAUCGGUUGGCACAAAAUCCGUACAAAUGAUACCCUUUAUGGACAAUCUUUACAAAGUGCGUGACGUUGAUGACUGUUGGGGUAAUUCAGGGAUUUUUAAAUCUAUUGAGUUGUCAAAGGAGGCCAAGCCUCUUUAAAAUCAUAGUUCAGCAAUUUAACAACUAGCUGACUACUUUCUGACCUCUUUUUUACUGGGUAUCGUACAAAUUUUGAAGCACAAAAUUUUCAUUUUAAGGGAAAAUUGUAUUAGUUUCAAAAUUGCUAAAGAUUUUUUUUUUUUUAAAUUUUGGAUUGCACGUUUUUAUUGAUUAUGAGGAAACUACAAACCAUUUUGACGUAUUAUCACUGCUAUGACUGCUCUAUAUAUAUGGUGCAUUUACAUCUUUCACGUACAAUGUACAAUUAGAUAUUUGUUAUUUUGUUGAACUAUAUUAAAUUUAAAGCAAUAAAAUAGCUAAUAUCUGGAUAAAUAUUACAAAUUGGAAAUAAGCAAUAACUUUAUAAGAGGAGCAAAAUGUCAUUGUUUUCUUUUUUUUAUUAAUAAUACAUUAUAUAGAGUGAGUGUUAACAAAACUAUUAAGAAAUGUAUCAGUCAAUAACUUGCUACAACGAACUUCCUCAUUUUUUACUUUUUUUUUAAGUGAUGUUAUAAACAUAACAUGAAAUCACGAAUUGUAAAAAUAAUUUCAUCAAAGCAAAAUUGAGAUUAUUAAUAAAUAUACAAUUCUAAUUUGAAAAUAUUUUUUAUUUAAUUAUAAAGCAUUGUAAAUUUGUUUCUAUUAGAACCUCUAGAAGCGCUCAAGACAUUAUUUUCUUCUGAAGGAGCUGCGGUUGUUUAUAAUGUGGUGAUUUGCAACCAAUAAAAAAUACAUU